CAACUCGCGACGGCGGCCGCGGUUGCUGCGGAGCCGCUCCUGCUGUCCCGCCGAUCCCGGAGUCCCGGAGUCCCGCCGACUGCCGGUGAGAGCCCGAACCGACUGCCGAUUUUCUGCACGUCCAGCAAAUUCCAGUUUUCAAAUCAUGGAGGGAGAACAGAUUAUGGAGGGACAGCCACAGGUUCCAGAAAAUCCGCAUUCCGAAUACGGUCUCACUGAAAAUGUAGAGAGGAUAGUAGAAAACGAGAAACUAAAUGCAGAGAAAACAUCAAAGCAGAAGGUUGAUCUUCAGUCGUUACCCACACGUGCCUACUUGGAUCAGACAGUUGUACCUAUCUUGCUACAGGGACUUGCUGUUCUUGCAAAAGAGAGACCGCCAAAUCCCAUUGAAUUUCUAGCAGCAUAUCUUUUAAAAAACAAGUCACAAUUUGAAGACCGAAAUUAGCUCCAUAAAAAUGAGGACAGUUUGGCUGCUAGACUGAAAUGCUCAUUCGCCGCUGUUUUGUUUUCUGCUGUAAAAAUCCUUUGGCCACAUUGUUGUCUUUCUUAACUGCACAGUUUGCUUUACCUUUUGAGUUAUUUAAUAAAGAACACUUUACAUUUAAUUUGUUCUCUUGUUUUAAAACUAGGUAUUAAGAGACUUUCAAAAUAAAGUACUGAAACUGCA